CAUCUCGCAAAAGACCGCACUGUAUGUUUGUCUCUCUACAGCUUUUUCUCCCUUUUGCAUUUUGCGAUUCCCGCCCCUCUGCUUAGGCUUUUCUGGCCCCUCCGGCCCCCCUGCUGUUUGAUUGUUGUAGUUGUGCGCUACUUAGGUCCACGACCUACAAAUCAAAUUAGAGAUGUCGCCCAGGGACUCAAGCUCACACCUUUCACCUUCUCACCAUAGGUGCCAAUCCAAUUACCUCUCGGCCCCAGCCUCGUUUCCAGGAGUUGAACUCCUCUCCUCGGCGUCCGAGUCAUUGCAGGUGCCAGGCUACCAACAACCAGGCUCUCUGCGCAUCUCGGGCUCUUGGCCUUUCAAUAGUCCUGUGCAAAGCCUUGGAAACGACGCGCAGUCCGCGCAAGCAGUCCCAAUCUCCCUAAAUCCGGAUAUCUUGUCUUUAUCGUUACAUUCAAACGCCAGCCUUGUUGGAACUAAUCUCGACCCGGAUACGCCACUCCCGAGUCUGGAAAACGAGCAAUCUUUCAACAUUGUCAACCGCGAAGGGCAUUUGACAGACGGCAGCCACCAAACCCCGGGGAUCAUACCAUACCCUAUGUCAGUAGCUUCAGGCUCAUACUUCGCUGGCCCGAUGCAGCCAGACAACCACCCUUAUGGUUGGGGCAAUCGCUCCUUUCAACCAAUGCAGCCUCAGUCAGGCAAUAUAAACCAGCAAUAUCCACCAUCACAACAGUACCCUCCGGCAGGGUUUCCUGUUGGUUAUAACAACCCGCCAGGCGGAUCAUUACCCAACCAUCCACACGACACGCAACAAACCGCUCCAUACUUAGCUGCAGCGCCGGGGAUCGUUCCUCAACAUAACCAAGCUCGAAGUCCACCAGUACAAUCAAUGGCUCGCCCAUUUCACCCUCAAUCCGCUCCCGCAACUUUACCUGAUCAAUCUCUAAUACCAUCUUCUUCUCCCUAUAUGAUGAAUCAACCCGCCUACUAUCUUCCCGAAGCACAUCCAGUUCCGUCCUCUCAUCCGUCCUCCAUGAGCCCCCAUGCAUCUUCGAUGGCCCCCGAGCCCGUCUUUUCUUCUCCGCUCCCAGUUCCGACGGGAGAGUCCGGCGAUCGCCCCUUACGCGUGGUCAGUUCACGACCUCGACCACAAUGCUGGGAUCAUGGAUGCGAGGGACGCGAGUUUUCAACUUUUAGCAACCUGCUUCGACACCAGCGCGAGAAAUCCGGCGUCGUCGCCAAGGCAGAGUGCCCUGUCUGCGGAGCCGUGUUCACGCGCACGACGGCGCGCAAUAUUCAUGUUGCGCAAGGCAAGUGCAAGGGUCCAGGGCGAGAAUCUUCGGCGGAAUAAAAAAAAGGUGCUGGGAGGUAUAGUGACUUGGGAUUGGAAUUUCUGGAUUGACUCUUCGAGG